UUCCAGAAUCGCUUGCCGCUUGAGUUAGGGCGCCGGCUGGGUUUUAGUUUUAGCGGACGCACCAAAUUGACGAUUGUUCCAAUAAAACUUUUCUCUUUCGGUCUUGUGCCGAUAGUUCGGAUCUAACUUGAGAGGCGGUUCCCAAACCUGUCUGAGCUCACAAAGAAAGCCGUCGACUUUGGUUAAAAAUGGAAAACCACACAACUCACAUCUCUCGGGAAGAACUGGAGGAAAUGAAGGAAGCCUUUAACAAAAUAGAUCUUGACAAUUCAGGCUACGUCAGUGAUUACGAGCUUCAAGAUCUCUUUAAGGAGGCAAACCUUCCUUUACCUGGGUACAAGGUGCGUGAAAUUGUGGAACAGAUCCUUAAUGUAGGAGACCACAACAAGGAUGGAAAGAUCAGUUUUGAAGAAUUUGUCUCGGUUUUCCAAGAGCUGAAAGACAAAGAGAUCAGCAAAACGUUCAGGAAAGUCAUCAACAAGAAAGAGGGAAUUUGUGCAAUUGGUGGAAUGUCUGACCGCUCCAGUGAAGGAACGCAGCAUUCUUAUGAAGAGGAGGAGAAGGUUGCUUUUGUUAAUUGGAUUAACAAAGCAUUAGAAGGUGAUCCAGAUUGUAGACACUUGAUUCCUAUGGAUGCCAAUAGUGACCGUCUGUUUAGUGCAGUUGGUGAUGGAAUUCUUCUCUGCAAAAUGAUAAACUUAUCCCAGCCGGACACAAUUGAUGACCGUGUGAUCAACAAGAAAAAAUUAACUCCAUUCACAAUUUCUGAGAACCUGAACCUUGCCCUGAAUUCUGCUUCUGCCAUUGGCUGUACUGUGGUGAACAUUGGUGCACAAGAUCUGAAGGAAGGGAGACAUCACCUUGUGCUCGGCCUCCUCUGGCAGAUCAUAAAAAUUGGCCUCUUUGCUGAUAUUCAGAUUACCAGGAAUGAAGCACUUAUUACUCUGCUCAAGGAAGGUGAGGAGCUGGAGGAGCUCCUGAAACUUUCACCUGAAGAUCUGCUUUUACGUUGGGUCAAUUACCAUCUUGAAAAUGCAGGCUAUCAUAAAAUCAGCAACUUCAGUCAAGAUAUUAAGGAUUCCAAGGCUUAUUUCCAUCUACUCAGCCAGAUUGCACUCAAUGGAGAAAGUGAUGAAAUGAUGGUUGAGAUUGAAAUGGCAGGUUUACAUGAAAAAGAUGAUCUUAAAAGGGCAGAGUCCAUGCUACAAGAAGCUGAUAAAUUAGGCUGUAGACAGUUUGUCACACCAGUCGAUGUUGUCAGUGGUAAUCCUAAACUCAACUUGGCCUUUGUCGCCAACCUAUUCAAUAAAUAUCCAGCAUUGCACAAGCCAAACAAGGACUAUGACCUCACCUUGUUGGAAGGUGAAUCCAGGGAAGAGAGAACCUUCAGGAACUGGAUAAAUUCACAGGGGGUGAGUCCCUUUGUCAAUCACCUUUACAGUGACCUGAUUGAUGGCUUAGUAAUAUUCCAGUUAUAUGAGAAUGUCACUGUACCAGUGGAUUGGAACCGUGUCAACAGGCCUCCCUAUCCACAGCUUGGGGCUAACAUGAAGAAAAUCGAAAACUGCAACUAUGUCAUUGAACUGGGGAAAAACAAAGCUGCCUUUUCCCUUGUGGGUAUUGGUGGGCAAGACCUGAAUGAUGGCAAUCACACACUUACACUGGCACUUAUUUGGCAGCUCAUGAGAAGGUACACUCUGAAGGUGCUGUCAGAACUUGGAGAUGGGUCCAAGGUGACAGAUGAAAUUAUUAUAAAAUGGGUAAAUGAAACUUUAGCAAAAGCAAAGAAAAGAAGCUCAAUUACGAGCUUCAAGGAUAAGUGCAUUUGCACCAGUUUGCCUGUUAUAGACUUGAUCGAUGCUAUUGCACCUAAUACAAUUCGCUACGAGCUGGUGAAACAGACUGACUUCUCUGAUAUUGACAAGUUAAACAACGCUAAAUAUGCCAUUUCAGUAGCACGAAAGAUAGGCACUCGUGUAUAUGCACUGCCUGAAGAUCUGGUGGAAGUGAAGCCAAAGAUGGUUAUGACUGUCUUUGCUUGCUUAAUGGGAAAGGGAUUGAAAAAGGUGUGAAGAGAACUGAGAACCUUGUUCACAUUGAUUCUGUCUGCCAUAUCAAACCAAUUCAGCAUCCUGUAAUUCAUACAAUUAUCUGUCAUUUUAUUUUUGAUCUGUUUUCAGCAGAUAAUAUCAUUGGGAACAAUUUCAGAAGCAAAACACUAACUAGAAAUCAUUUUCAUUUUUGAGCACUAAUUUAUUAUUUGUGUAUUUUAAAUGUUCCUGUAUUUAAUUUUCCAUGUUGCUGUUAAGAUUAAAACUCUUAUUUCUGUUUGUUAUUUAUAGUGCAUCAUUCACCAGACAAUUGUGUUGUAUCCUGUAAUGCUUACAAUGUAAAACAUGUAUCCAAAGUUCUUGUACUUGAGCAUAUUCAUGAUUGACCUGCUUUUUGAAAAUAGCUGCUGUUUUGUAAAUGACUUCUAUUAUGAUCAAAUUGCAAAUAUUUAAAUAUGUACAAUUAGUUUUGUGGAAGGAAUUAGUAGUAAUUCAGUCUGUGGUUCUCUUGGAGUAACACAAUCUAUUUUUGGUUUAACCAGUUUGAGUAUAUGCAGUGUCCUGAGAUUGAAUUGCAACUUUUAACUUCUGCCAUAAUUUCUGCCCUAUGAUAAGUAUAUAGUUGCUAUUUAGACAUGUGCAGGUAUACUGUGUUAUUGAGAAGGUACAGUGGUGCCACCCGAGCACAUGGCUUCAAGUAGUCAUGUCGCAGUGUUCACAAACUUGUACAACAUUGGUCACAAUCUCCACAUAGCUGAAUAAUGUAGAAUUCGUAUGUGACUAAAAACCUUUAAUCCUAAUAAAUCUAUAACCUGUUUGAUAAGA